AUGCUGGUCAGAGGAUUACGAGCCUGUGCUGAGCGUGCCUCGAAGCCGCGCACGACAAACUUGGAUCGAAUUUCGAAGACCACCAAAGAAUUGUUGGAAAGAAGAAGGGUUUUGAGGCUUGAUCCGAAUGCAUCGCACAUAGCGCAGCAGAAGAAGAUUCUGGAAGCAGCACAAAGAAGAACGAGUCUAAAGAAGUGCCGCAAGGAUCUCCGCGAAUAUAAUAUUCGGCUAGUAGCCUUGCUGAGCGAAGACGGGACUCGCACGUCUUCUCGUCGUGAGAUGGAAAUCAUUACGGAGAAGUUCUACUCAAACCUUUUCAGUUCACCAACUCCUGUGUCAAGCCCGAUCAUCCCCACUGAUGAAGCUCCACCACGGAUUCUCCCUUCGGGUGUACGAGUCGCUAUCAAGAGCAUGAAACCUGGCACAGCCCCCGGACUUGAUUUUAUAUCACCAGACUUUCUUUGGGCUGCUGGCCAUCCGCUCCAUGUAAUCUUAGCAGCGCACAUGACAUCCUACCUUCAGAAAGAAAGGAUCCCAGACCAGUGGAAGACCUUGCGAACGGUUCUUAUCCAUAAGAAAGUAUUCAUCCUCACGCCCAUAUCUAGGACGCUGGAUGAAGCCCAGCCUCAAGAACAAGCUGGAUUCCGCCAGGGGUUCAGCUGCUUGGACCACAUCCAGACCGUGUCGAGGGUCGUGGAGGUCUGCCGGGAAUACCGCCAGUCUCUUGUCCUAACCUUCGUCGACUAUGAGAAAGUCUUCGACAGCGUAGAAACGAAUGCAAUACUGUCAGCGCUGGUAGAUCAAGGUUUGGACGCUUCGUAUGUGAGGACAUUAGCCAAUUGCUACGAUCGAUGUACGACUAGGAUACAGCUUUUCCACCGCCCUCUCACCAUAUCCAUUGGAAAGGGGGUACAACAAGGCGAUACUAUAUCGCCGAAGCUGUUCACAACUGCAUUGCAAUAG